AUGUCAACCAGACAAGACGACCAUGUUUCCUCUGGUCAAGAUUACACCAACUGUGUCAACGUGGAACUGUAUGAGACCGGAAAGGGCGCAUUACGCAUCUUUAAUAUCGCGCCAAAUGACUACCAUCGCCCCGAAGUUUUUGAACGCACCGGUGCGGUUGAUAUCACAUGUUACCUUGAAAAGGUGAUCCAUGGAGUCCUGAGCCCUACUGAAUACGGAUCAAUCAUCGUCAUGCAAUGGUUCUUUCAACCAGGUAUUGGACGUCGUAUAUCCGAAGCCACUAUCAAUCUUCUAUUUGAAGUUGAGUCGACUGAUAGUGAUACCGAACUCGAAGUUAGAGACAUAUCAUUCGAAGGUACAUACAGUUUGAUUCCUACAACACAACAAAUCGAUACCACUAGGGGCGUCGAGGCCACAGCUGGCAUUCAAGAAGUCGCCCAGGCCAACUUGACUGCAAAGUGGGAAAGAACAACUACAGCAACCAUAUCCGACUCCAUCACACUCAACGGCGGAAAGCGUCUUUUCAAUCAUACGCCACCCAAGCGAAUCGCCAAAUGGGAGCUUUUCGAAAAUAAAUCCCAGCCCCAAGGGAUUCCAACUAUGCUCAAGGUGGCAAUGCUGGUUGCGAGAGAUGACGAGGACAAGUUCCAAUGCAGAGUUGACUUUGCCUGCAAGACAGACUUGAAGACAAAACUGUCGGGAAUCUUUCAAAAGAUACCAAAAGAUGAUCCGAUUAUUUUCCAACCAGACGGCUCGGAUAAAGGUAAGCGAGAAAACAGGAAUGUCACUUAUGAUGCAAAGGAUUUGGGGAACAUAUGCUUGGACGAUAUGUCUGAUGUGACUUAUCGCAGAGUUAUCUCGAACGGUGAAAAGAUUUGGAAGUCGUCAGAUCCAUAG